AUGCCAUUAAAUUCUAAACGCGGCAGAAAACCAGGUCCUAUUUGGGAUCAUUUUGAACGGGGAGACUUAAUUAAUUCGAAGCAUUUUCAAGCAAUAUGUAGUUAUUGCCGUGAUCCAAUAUUGGGAGUUCCUGAAAGAAUGCUUAAUCAUUUAAAAAAUACUUGCAAAAAAAUUAGAAAAGAAGUACAAGACACUUUAGACAAUAUUAAAAUCAAUAAUAAAAAAAAUACCCAAAACAAACGUGUUCGAGUUAAUGCUUCUUCAGAUGAAGAAGGUAAUAUCACCAAUUCAAAUCAAACUUCACCAUUAAAUAAUAAUCAAACUUCCCUAUUAGAUAAUAAUCGACUAAUUCAUCAACAAUUAUUAAGAGCUCUUAUUUCGACGAAUGUUCCAUUUACCUUUGUAGAAAAUGAAGAGGUUAAAAAAUUAUUCAAAAUGCUACAACCUUCAUAUGCCUUACCAUCACGAAAAUGGAUCAGUACAGAAAUCUUAGAUAAUGUACACGACGAAGUAGAGAUUGAAAUUCAAAAAUUCGUCGAUGAUUCUAAAUUUUUAACUUUGUCAGGAGAUGGAUGGACAAAUGUUUCAAAACGUAGUUUAGUUAAUUUUAUUAUUACAAAUGAAAACCGGCAAAGUCAAAUUUGGAAAAUUUCUGAUUUUUCAAACCAACACCAUACGGGUAAUGUAAUGUUUGAUGCCUAUAAAGAAGUAGGAAUGUCGUUAGAUAAUAAGUGGAUUGGAUUUGUGUCAGAUAGUGGUUCGAAUAUGGCAAAAGCACGACGAAUGGUCGAUCACGAUUCUGAAUUACAAGGAAAAAUUAUAACGAUACCUUGUAUGGCACAUCAAACUAAUUUAUUAGUUAAAAAAAUUAUUAAAUCCGAACAAUUCGAACCUGUAAUCUCAAAAAUGCUUCUUAUAAUUAAUCAUUUUCGUAAUUCAAAUCGGGCUCUAGCUAAACUAAGAGAGUUAGAAAAAAAUGAAAACUUAACUCCAAAAUAUCCUUGUAUUACUAGAUGGGCAACGUUUUCAAAAGCCACAGAGACUCUUUUAUCAACUCGAAGCAGCAUGCGAAUUAUAGCUAUUACAGAUUCAGAUCUUUUAGCUAUUAAAGGAAAUAAUCGUAAUAAAAUAAUUAAUACGAUUGAAGAUACAA